CUGUGCGCAGCUCUCUCUCGCGUAGCACUCUCGACCCGCCGGAAGGAGCGACGACUAAACUGAAACUGACAUACAGACAAAAAAGUGCAGUUAGUUGCAAUAACUCUACCCUUGCGCGCUUCAGUGGGCCAAUUUUAGCCUUCAUUCCUUGGAAAUGUCUGCUGGCGUUUUUUAGCUUGGCUGGUUUUAAUUUUGCACAGACGAACUAUGGAUGCUGCCGAAGAGAAUUUUGUGGCCAAGAUCAGCGACGAGCAGUUAGCCGGAAACUUGAGUGUGUGGCGCAACGGCUCGGAGGUGUAUGAUGGGGACGCGGAGCCGACGCUGCCUCCCGAGUUGCGGUUCAACACGGGAGCCCUGGUCGCGAUCAUCGUGUACAGCAGCCUCUUCGUGGUGGCCGCGGUGGGCAAUGUGACCGUGUUUGUCACCCUUUACCGGAACCGUCACCGCAAGUCGCGGAUAAACCUGAUGAUCAUGCACCUGGCCAUCGCCGACAUGGUGGUCACCUUUGUGAUGAUCCCACUCGAGGUCGGCUGGCGAGCCACCACCCAGUGGUUGGCCGGCAACGCCGCCUGCAAAAUCUUGCUUUUUCUGCGGGCCUUCGGGCUCUACCUGAGCUCCAUGGUGCUAGUGUGUGUCAGCCUGGAUCGUUACUUCGCCAUCCUGUACCCCCUGAGGGUGAACGACGCCCGCCGACGGGGCAAGAUGAUGCUGAUCCUCGCCUGGGUUGUCUCCAUCAUUUGCUCAAUGCCGCAGAGUAUCGUGUUUCACGUCUCACAACACCCCGUCUACAAAGACUUCUGGCAGUGCGUGACUUUCGGCGCCUUUCCUUCCCAGAAGGAGGAGACGGCCUACAACCUCUUCUGCGUGCUGGUCAUGUACUUCAUUCCCUUGAUAGUGAUUUGCUUCGCGUACUCGCGGAUCCUGUGGGAGAUUUUCAAGAAAUCCAGAGAAAACAAAGAGGACAAUAUCCGCGGAGGGCGGUACCAGGGUCGUAUGCCUCUCCGCCGCAGCGACAUGAGCAACAUCGAGCGAGCCCGCUCUCGCACCCUGCGCAUGACGCUGAUCAUCGUGCUGGUGUUCAUCUGGUGCUGGACCCCUUACGUCGUCAUGACGCUCUGGUACAUGUUUGACAGGGAAAGCGCAACUCACGUGGAAGGUUGGAUCCAGGACUCGCUGUUUAUGAUGGCUGUGUCCAACUCAUGCAUGAACCCCUUUGUGUAUGGAGCUUACGCAAUGAACUUCCAGCAGGAGUUUUGGCGCUGCGUCAGCUGCGUUUGUUGUCGUCGCUCGAAAAAAGACCGCAACAUUGUCGGUGUUUCCAAAGUUAUUGAGCAAACUAAGCCGAGACCUGACACCAUCAUAAUUCAAGUCCAUAAAUGCCUGCUAUCGAUUUUCAAAGCCAAUUCAAAUACAGCAGCCACGCGAAGUACUGGCGUUCCACCAGGCCUGCUCCGUCCUGGUCCAUCACCAAGAUAUCGACCUGUGAUGCCUGGCACAUCCGCAAUGUGCAAAGGGAGCAAGAUGCUCAGCAUCCCGGAAGCAAACCCAGAGUUCCUCUCAUUUCAGCUUUCAGGCAAUUCAAAGGCUAGCGUGGACAGCAUUGCUGAAUACUCAUACAACUCGGUGGCAUUCUACAGCGAGCCUCUUCAGGUGCACGACAGAGAUGAGGAAGAGCGGUGGCGGCAUCGACAAAGGGGCGGCACUGCGGCGAGCACCAGGGUGAAGGCCUCGCCCAGCAUCGAUCGGCUAGAGGGGCUGCGCAGGUGGCAAGGGACCAGUGAAGUGCACCUGGAGCCACCACCCUGAGAGUACGUUUCCUCGCCGAAUCCGUCAGGGCGGCUUGGCUGUGCGCCUUGUAGCUCAAGUUCGUGCGUGGGUGGCGAGGAGGAAAUGCUGCAGAUCUCGAUGACUGGAAAGCGUGGCGAACCAGUAUGGCUUCACUUGCCGCAGUUAAGUCCCAAUGGUGUUGCUCAGACGCAAUGCUAAAGGCAUCAAGGGGAAAAUUUUUGUUGCAAAAUUUAUAGCUUUAUUCCCCUGAAAUCAAGCUAUGAAGUCUAUCAAAUCUCGUCUUGGGACAAAUGCAGAGACAAUAACAUUAAAGAUAAUUUAGUCAACAGCCUCUGAAAAGACGCAAGCCUGAUUUUGUCAUCGUACAUACUUUAUGUUUGAUAGCUACAUAUGAUUUGAGAAAAAAAGUUAUCCAUGCAUUUUUAUAAAAUGGUUUAAAAAUUUUAAACGAAACUCAAACGAAACUCAUUCCAUUUGUUUUAUUCCUUUUUUAUUUCUAAUGUGAAUUGUAUCCAUUUACGACUGAUGAAAAUAUGGAAUUCAUUGAUUUAUCCUUUCUAAUUAACAAAAUUGUUAACGUGAUAAAUUGGCAUUGAAUGUAUCAACGAAAAAAAAUUAUUAAUUUUACUGAUAAUUAGAUGAUAACAGUUGCGCAAAAUUUUAAAAAUAUAGUACUUGGUUAAGAGAAGGUGGUUAUAAGUUGCUGUUAAAGAUUUUUUUCAAAUAACGCACGGGAUAAAUUAUGUUACCGUAAACAGGGUAAUUAUUGUAAUGGCUAAAGAUAAACAAAAUUGUCAUAGUUGAAAACAUUUUAAACUGUUUUUUUUAAAAGCGCAAAUGCCCGAAAAAAGUAAAAAAAAAAUAUGUAUGUGAUUUUAAGAUGUUGACAACAAUUGAAGGGAAACUAAGCUAUUUUCGCUAAAGUACUGAAAAUAUUAAAUGAAAAAGAAGAUGUGUUUUGCCAAACGAAUCCACGCCAAAAUUCGUGUUCCAUAAUUUUACCCUACAAUUCAAAGAAUUUUUUUCUCUUGUUCAAUGAAUGCUGAUCCGAAAACUCAAAACUCAAUGAAUGUACUUUGGCCUCACAAGCCGCCAACGAAAUAAACAGCACACAGAUAUCUUUUAACCCUCGCAUCUUUCAUAAUUUUGCUUUCGCAAUUUUUGUCUGGAAUUUAAAGCGGUGUUUAAUGUAAAUCUUUGUAUUUUCAACUGGGUAUCUGAAUGUAAAAUGUUGGAUUCCUUUUAAGGGAAACAUUUUGUUGUUUAAUUAAUGUGGAAUCUAUUGCUAAGAAGCAAUUUAUUCCUGAACUCUGUGCUCAAUGGCGUACAAGCCCAGCAAAUAUUGAUAAUAAUGCUGUGGCGAGAAAAGAUUUAGAGAAUGUGCACAAUUCUUUAACUGUUGCUAUGUCAAACAUUGAAAAGGGAAAUUUUAUAAAAAUAAAUGUACAGAAAUGA